AACUUUAAACUUUGAACUUAUAUCUCGUUUUUACAGCAAUAGAGAAUAAAGUAUAAAUAUCACCAUAUUUUUUGGUUUACUAGUUUACCGGUUACUGAUAAACUAGUAGUAAAGUUUCUAAGCUGUUUUCUUAAUUUAAAUAAAAAGUUGUAUAAUAUUAUAAGUAAAAAAAAAGCAAAACAUUAAAGUUUAAACACAAAUAUAAUAUAAUGAAAUUAAAGUUGUACUAUGAUCUUAUGUCACAACCAUCUAGGGCUUUGUAUAUUUUAUUAAAAACAUCUAAGUGUAAUUUUGAACCAAAAUGUUUAGAUCUGCGACAAGGCCAGCACUUCACAGAUGAAUAUCAAGAUAUAAAUCGAUUCAAAAAAGUUCCUGUUAUUGAUCACAAUGGCUUUAUACUAACAGAAAGUGUGGCAAUAAUACGGUACCUAGCUUCUGAAAAUGUGAUACCAAGAAUGUUAUAUCCAGAAAACAGCAAAGCCCAAGCGAGAGUGGAUGAGUACUUAGAAUGGCAACAUAUUGGAUUAAGAUUACAUUGUGCUAUGUUUUUCAGGGUUAAGUACUUAAACCCAAUAAUAACAGGCAAACAGCCAGACCCCAAGUUAGUUCAGAGCUAUGAAAAGAGAAUGAUAAAUGCUGUUGAAGAGUUGGAUACUCUAUGGCUAGGACGGAAUCAGUUUGUAACAGGAGACAGUAUUACUGUCGCAGAUCUUUUUGCAGCAGUUGAAUUGGAGCAACCAAGAAUGGCUGGUUUUGAACCAGCUGCUAGAUACCCGAACAUCGCAAAAUGGUGGCCAAAAGUCAAACAGCAUUUCAAUCCAUAUUAUGAUGAAGCACAUGUUAUUUUAAAUAAAAUUGUGAAGAAAAAUAUGUCUAAAUUAUAAGUAUAAAGUUAUUUUUAUAUUCCAUUAGGUAUGUAAGAAAUUAAUAAUUAUUUUUUUAUGAUACAGGUGUAAUCAAUUUUUACAAAAUUAUAUAUUUAAUGGUUGUUGAAUAAUGCAUUUUUCAUUUACCACUUACUGUAAAUUGCAACUUAAUAUAAAAUUUUUGCAAGUUAAUAUAGAAUGAAGAAAAACCAAUUGCGAUUGCAAACAUUGGUGAAGCUAUUAAACACGUAGUCUUAGUAGGUUGGUACAUAGUAUGUAAGAUUAUAAAGAACCCUCCAGUUUAUUUAUUAUUCUGUCUAGUAACCAAAUGUAUGCUCUUCCAUUAAAUGGAAAGGUGUAAGAGCAGAUGAAACUGUAAUAAAAACAUAUUUAUAGUUUCACUAUCUGCUCCUGCAAACUUCGUUCCUUCUUAA